GUUUUUAUUUUUUGAGGUAAGGUCUAGCUCGUCUCCAGGCUGGAGUGCAGCGGCUCAACCACAGUUCACUGCAGGCUGCCACUCCUGGGCUCCAGUGUCCCCCAGCCUCAGCCUCUGGAGUAGCUGGGACUACAGGUACGUGCCACCAUGCCCGGCUCAUUUUUUAAAUUUCAUAGAGAUGGGGUCUUGCUCUAUUGCCCAGGCCCAUCUCAAAAUCCUGGGCUCAAGUGAUCCUCCCACCUUGGCCUCCCUAACUGUUGGGAUUACAGGUGUGAGCCACUGUGCCCGGCCCUCUAAGUAUUUCAGUUUUACACAUAGGACCGGCCUCAUGAUCCCAUGCUCAGCUGAACAGCGACCCCCCAAAAGAUGCUCGGGUCCUGUGAAUGCUAUAUGGCAAAGGAAGGACUUUCCUGGCUGGAUUAAAUUGGGGUGGGGGCCUCCCUAGGUCACCCAGGUGGCUUCUACCUGUCAUCCCAAAGGGCCUCUGAAGAGAGGACCACACAGAGGAGCCACGUGGCCACCGAGGCAGAGGCUGGAGUGCUGCAGACACCAGCGCCGAGACACCCAGGGCCAUUGGGAGCUAGGAGAGGCACGGGGGACGCACCCCCAGCACCUCCACCAGGCAGAUUUCGGGCUGCUACCCUCCAGGGCCCAGAGAGGCUUUGUGUUGUUUUGAGCCAGGAAGCAUGUGGUCAUUAGCUCCAGAGCAGACAGGAAACGAACCUACAGCCGUGCACCACAUAACGUUGCCAACACGCAAUGCGACGAUGCUCCCAUAAGGUCACAAUUCGGUAUUUUUACUGCACCUGUUCUAUGUUUAGACGGGUUUAGAUACACAAAUACCAGUGAGUCCCAGCUGCCUACGCUAUUCAGUGCAGUCACCUGCUGCACAGGCUUGUGGUUCAGGAGCAGCAGGCGUGACACACGGCCCCGGCGUAGUGGGCUGUGCCACCAGGCUCGGUCGGUGUGCAUGCACUCUGUGUUCACACAGAAUCACCCGAGGACGCAUUUCUCAGAAGGAACGAAUCCUUUUCGUUAAACAACAUACGCCGCACCCUCUAAGAGCAAAGAUCUUCCCCCUUCCUCUCGGCCAGGAGUUGAGCUCCCAGCAUCAACCAAGGCCUGUGCUGUCAAACGCAGGUUGCUGUGCUAGACUGCAAAGUGACCGGGUCCUGGAGGCGCACGUGGCCGAGCUCAGAAGACCCUCGCACCCUCCAAACGGCAGAGCAGGGCGCCCUGGGGCCAGGGGCAUAGGGCAGCCGCUGCCUGCUUCUAUGACUGGCACCCAGAGUCUUGAACCCUAGGCUGCACAAAUACAAUUCCUGCUUGGCUCCCAACCGGCCCUGGACACCGCCAAAGGGCCUUCUCUCCACACUCCUGGAACAAAAGCGCGUCCUGCCUGCCCGAGAAACAGUCACGGGUGGCGGGAAACUAAAACCUUCCUUUGACUACAGGAAAAUUCCCAAGGGGUUUUCUGUUUUUUUCAUCUGAAACCCUCUGCGUGUGGUAACCAUGCACCAGUGUGCUGCGCGUUCACUUACAACUACCCACGUUCGUGUACAUGUCACGGACGGGGGAUGCAGGCCCCAGGAGGAAGGGACCUGCUGACCUGCUGAGGUCACACAGCUCGCUGCUAGCAGGAGAGGGUGUGAACCAGCCGCCGCUUACCGUUGUCUCUGAGGUUCCUGGGCCGCCCCGGCCUGCCUCAGUGUCCCCUUCUGACCCAGUUGCAUUCCUGGCCCCUGUCUGGCUGUGCCCUCCACGCCGUCCCCUCUCCGGAGGGCCUGCCUGCAGCACUUGGCUUGCUGGAGUCUCUGGCGUCUGCCCGGGAAGCACAGCCUGGACCUGCCCCCUCGGCCCCUCUCCCACCGACCCUGGGCGGCCCUGGGCGUCCGCGGGGUCUGGACCCACCGAGAGGGCACCUUCCCUGCGCCGCCGCAGAUAAGUGGCCCCGCUCUUGGGAGACCUUAAUUUGGGAGGCUCUGCUCCCUCAAGACCCAGUCCAUCCUCCCACAACCCCCUCGCGGUAUCCGGGGGCCGUCCCCCUCCCCGUAGUCCCGCGGGUGGAGGGGAUUCAGGUGAGCCCGGGGGUGGAGCCCUUCUCCAACCGUGGCGGCAAAAGCAGCCCGGGACCUCAGGCACAGGCGCAGAGGCGCGCGGGGCCCGGCCCGUCAAUUAGGGAGGGCCUCCGGAAGGAGGUGGCCCGGCCCGCAGCCCGCCCGGCGCACCUGCUCCCUCCUCACCUGCCGCACGACGCGGUCCCCUCCCUGCAGCCACCUGCCCUGGGGAGAGGAACCUCGGUCCCCAGCAUCGCGACCCCUCCAGCCUCGCGGGUCCCAACCGGUGUCCCUGAGCGUGUCCCGGGAAGCGCACGUCCACGCUGGCGCUGAAAGGGGUUUUCUGGCUCCAGGGACGGGACGCGCCCUAGACAGUCCCGCUCAGACGGGGCUGCGCGCCCGACCUCACCCGGGUGCGGACGCCGCUGCCUCCGCCCUGCGCGCCGAGGGCCCAGUUCAACUCUUCCCGCCAGUAGGGCUGGCGACCCCCGACCCGCCCUCUGCCAGGCGCAGGACUUUAAACCCCCCAACCCCCAUCUCUCAGCCUGGCGGGGGAGGGGAAGUCGCCGGGCUUCGGUGCUUCCUGCUCGCCCGCCCCCGCCGCUCUCUCUUCCGCCUUCUUGUUUUGUGCCUGGCCUCUCGGCUCCUUCCACGGGGAGAGGUUUCCGUAUGUUUUAAGCUUUUGUCCACGUCGUUCUCUACCUCUUGGCUGAAGGAAUGACAGCCUGCAGGGUACCGUCCGGGGCCCCGUCUCCCGGCGCCUCUGGCCUCCUCCGCGCGCCUGAAGCGGUGGGGGUCUAAGCAGACCACAGACUGGGGCGCCGGGAGGAGGGUGCCCCGCUGCCCUGUCCAGCAGCCUCAGCCAGGCCCUUCCGGGGGCGCCUCUGCAGAAAGGGGGUCACGUCCCCUCUGGGCCCUACCUUACCCUGAGACCCCUAAACCAGGGGCCCCACCCGAAAUCAGGGCCUCUUUGGGUCACCUGGCUUGUGGGGAUCAGGGAGGGAGAGUUUUGGGCUGGGGGGUUGUGGGGAAAGCAGGGGCCCUGGGUCCAACCCUCGGCUGCGUGGCGCGGCCUUUUCCAGACCCGCUGCCCCAGACUCCGGGCCAGACGCCACUGCCAAGGCUGACGAGCUCAGAGCCCGAGCCGCAGGCUGCCUUGGUUUCCCGGCUGCGGCUCCUCAGUGCCAGUGUUAGGCAAACAGGCUGCGCCAGCGCCCUCGCCUCUAGACCGCUGAGGGAGGAAGGCCAGGUGGGGGUGGGCUGGGGCUGGCCCGGAGGGUAGAGCCCGCCCACCUUCCCUCCCUCCUCGCAUUCAUGCAUUCAUUCAGUCAAUCACUCAUUCCUCAGCAGUCGCUGAGUUCACUCGCCCAAGUCCUGGAGAUCAUCCGAGCGGAGCGGGCUGGGGGCUUGGCGCUCUCCCAGCGCGGCCUUGGGGCCUGGGUCCCCGGACCCCUCCUCAGGGAGGGCCCCAGGACCCGGGCAUUCUGCGCCUGGCCUCCCACGGUCCCCUCCCCCGCCGCGCCAGCCCCCGCAGCACCCCUAGCCACCUUCCUCCCGGGCAUCUCCCACCCCUGCGCUUCCCGGGGCACCAAGGCCUCCAGGUCCGCGUGCAGGCGGACGGCCCGACCUGCCUCUGUCCCACCUCCGGCCGACGGGCACACUCGCCUGGGCAGAGCUGAACUUUCUGGAGCCGCCGCGCCCCACGCCUCGGCGCGGCCUCGGUAGUGAGAGCAGCCAGGUCGGGGGCAGGGACGGGCCGGGGGCGGGGCAGACCGGGGACAGGGACGGGGCGGGGACACUACUGCCUCCCGCCCGCCGCGCGCUGGGCGCUCAGAGCUCGGGCGCAGCGGGAGCGCAGUUAGACCGGUCUCCAGUGCCCCGAGGUUGCGGCUCCCCGAGGCCUCCCGCAGCCCAAGUUCUCCGUGGCCCGAGGUCUCCGCCAGCGCCAUGCGGCUGAGCAGUCCUGGACUACUCUUCCUGCUCCUCAGCAGCCUUCGAGCCGAAACUCAGGAGAAAGAAGUCAGAGCGAUGGUAGGCAGCGACGUGGAGCUCAGCUGCGCUUCCCCCGAAGGAAGCCGUUUUGAUCUAAAUGACAUUUACGUGUACUGGCAAAUCAGUGACACGGUGGUGGCUUACCACGUCCCGCAGAACAGCUCCUCCUCCGUGGCCAGCCGCUACAGGAACCGGGCGGCGAUGUCGCCAUCCGGGAUGCUGCACGGCGACUUCUCCCUGCGCUUGUUCAAUGUCACCCCUGACGACGAGCAGAAGUUUCGCUGCGUGGUGCUGAGUAAAUCCCUGGGAUUCCAGACAGUCUUGGAAGUUGUGGUCACACUGCAUGUGGCAGCAAACUUCAGCAUGCCGGUCGUCAGCGCGCCCCACAGCCCCUCCCAGGAUGAGCUCACUUUCACGUGUAUGUCUGUGAACGGCUACCCGAGGCCCAGGGUAUACUGGAUCAACAAGACGGACAACAGCCUGCUGGACCAGGCUCUGCAGAAUGACACCAUCGUGCUGAACGCGCAGGGCUUGUACAACGUGGUCAGCGUGCUGAGGAUCGCGGCGACGCCCAGCGUGAACAUCGGCUGCUGCAUCGAGAACGCGCUUCUGCAGCAGAACCUGACUGUGGGCAGCCAGACAGAAAAUCACAUCGGAGGCAGAGACAACAUCACAAAGGACACAGACAGUACCCCUGAGGCGAAGAACGUGGCGGUGUGGAGCGCCCUGGCUGUCCCGUGCCUGCUCGUGGCCCUGGCAAUGUGGGUGUACAGGUGCAGAAGGCCCUGCCGCGGCUAUGCAGGUGUCUGGGCCGCGAGGCCGGAGCCAGAGCUCACUGGCCAUGUUUGCCCGAGCUCACCGCCCAGAAGUGUCAUCCGCACCAAAGGCAAAUGUCCCCAGGUGAGUGGGCUCGCCACCGUCACUGGCAGUCACCCACAGGAAGGGCCUGGUGAUGGGCUCCUCUCCACUCGGAGCAGGCAGGAUUCGGCACCAGGCUCUUCCCAGCACCCAGACCCAUUGGGGACACGUGCCUUCCCAUGAGAUGCGGGACCCUGAGACUGAAGGAAAGGUGUUUGGUUGAAAAGGAGGACCGGACAUCCCCUCUUCCAGGACAGCCUCGGUGCUGCUGGGGUCUCUUGAGGGUGUUAGCGGGAGACCCAGGCAAAGGACCUCUUCUGCCCUGGACGUUCCUGACCUGCCUCCCACCCGGAGGCCACAGGACCCACGCCAGUGCAUGUCUACCAGCAUGGGCAGCCGUCCACACUGAGGAGCCCUGGAGGGCAUCGCUGGCUUCUGCCACACUCCCUGGCCUGGUGAAAAGCUGAGCCGCCUUCAGAAGAGGCACAGGUGGAGUUUGCCAGAAGAAGGGCUGUGCCAGGGCCGUGCUAGGCCAGCAGCAGAGGCUGCCGGGGCUCUGCCUGGGGCCUGCAGUGAGAAAGGAACAGCCCCGGGCACAGCCCAGCAGGGUUGGAGGUGCCCAUGUCCAGCAGGUGCAGGCCUGGCAACGUGGUCCCCAGAGUCCUGAGCAGCGGUUAGGUGCAUGGAGAGGGUGUCACUUGGCAGCCAUGAUCCUCCUUCCCACUGCAGCAGUGAUCCCCAAAGCUUGGGGUGGCUCCCCCUACCUUCACCACCCUCAGCAGCCCCAUUUUGCUCAACCCUGAGGGUCUCAGGAUCCUGAUGAAGACCUCUGACCCCAGCACCAGGCUCCUCAGACACCAACAGUCCCGAGGGGGGCCAGAGACGGCGUGGGCCAGUGCUGAGGGGUGCGACCCUGGGCCCUGACCCGUCCCAGCGCCUUCCACACUGGUCCCCGGAAUGAAUCAGCCACUGACUGUCUCCAGGAGGGCUGGAAAGGACGCUGCCAGGUGACCCGGGGUGCACUUGCCCCAGGGAGAUGGGAUGGACACCUGGCCUGACCCUCAGGAUGCAGUGUCGGCCCUGGGGCUGUGGGCCGAUGCCCCUCCUCCUCCCUUCCCAGAGUCACCUGAUAUUCCCGGGGUCAGUCGGGGCCUGUUACAGCCCCGGUCACUUGGAACUGACAGCUGUGUGAGGCCUGCACUUCUGACUCAGAACAAAACAAGGAGUGAGGACUCAUCAUCACAGUGAGGUUUCAGUACUUGUCACAAGCAAUUGUUUUUCUACAAAAAAAAGCCCCCACCCGGACCUUUAAGUGAAGGUGACCAGGGCUCCACCCGCACUUUUGGCAUGGAAGCAUCAGAAGAUGUAUGGUGUUUGUAAAAGAAUAAUUGCUGUCAGCGGGCAGUGACUGGCAGGGACGAUGAGCUGCCUGGGUGUGGAAAGUGGGGCGUGGUCCCGUUUGCAGUGACUGAGAAGUGACUCCAGGAUGGACCUGCAGGGACACCCAGGGGUCCUAAGCCCCAGGACUGAGGGUCAUGCAUCACUACUCAGGCCUCCCAGGAGAUGCCCUGGGCCUGCUGACCUCACAGGCAGGUCGGGGACACCCCCGCAGGGAGACAGAGUCUGGCUCCAGCUUUUCCCAUUGGAGGUGGUUUUCCUUCACCAGGGGACAGGCAGGAAGGCUGCAGCUGCCCCAGGGGCCCCAGCAGCUUCUGCCCGUCGUGCCCGGGGCUCAAGGGACACUUUGGAGGCUGCUGUCAGCACUGUGCAUCCAAGGCCAUGCCCUCUGUGGGUGGGUGCCCGUGUCUCACCCCCCUGCUGGUCCCCGCAGCCUGCACGCGGCGUCUGUAAGACCCACCCUGUAACACUGCCCAAGACGUCAGCUUCCCCUUUCUCUCCUGCGCUGCGGACAGGCUGGAUGCGUGUCCUGGCAGCCACCUCCAGAAACUCAACUUAAGAGAGAGAGUAAGAUGCAAACCGUGA